AUGGUUGUUGUGGUUUCCUGAAAACCAAAGUAUAUAAAGAGAAACACUCAGUCAGUGUGUCAGUGUGUGUGUUUCACACUGAGGGACUGGUGUGUGUGUGCAGAAGAUUCAGUAAUGAUGAAGUGCUUAUAUCUUUUGUAUGUCGUGUUUCACGUCGCUGCAGGCUGUGAUCUCUCUGGUGAUGAGACAGAAAUUACACGACACAAAGGUGGUUCAGUUCUGUUACUCUGCUCCUGCUCUAACCUGCACAUCAAACAUCAGACAUUCACCUGGAUGACCGACAGAACAGGAGAUCUGACUGACAUGUUAAAUGAUGAACACUACCGUGGAAGACUUCAGCUGUUUAAUAACACUUCUCCUGGUAAUCUGUCUCUGCUCAUAUCUGACCUGAGAGAAGAGGAUCAGGGAGACUACAGGUGCAUAACUGAGAUGGAACACAGAGAUGUCAAGAUUUAUGUUAAAGGCUGUGAGCUGGUGCAGAAGUCAGGUGUAGAGUCCAUAACUGUGUUCACAGGAGAGUCUGUAGUUCUGCCCUGUGUCUGCACUGACCUACAGGACAAACCAAAGUCUCUUAAAUGGGACUUUUCAAUAUCCACAGAAUCUGGAAGUAAUCGUUAUCAGGAAAUUUACCCUGCACAGACUGGACAUCACAGAAACAGAGUCAAACUGGUCAGUAAAAGCUCUCCAGGAAACCUCUCUCUACUCAUAUCAGACUUGACUGAACAGGACCAGGGACACUACACAUGUUCUGUACAGGCAGAAAGAAAAUAUUUCCGAAUAUAUGUUAAAGGAGGUAGAAGAGAAACCUCAACACGCUCUGGAAAAACUGACAGAAGACCUCCAUCAGAACAGCCUCCUAGUACAACAACAAACUCUCCACCUGCAUCAUCCUCAACAACACUGAAACAAGAUAAACAACAAUCUCAUAGCAGCCUCCCUCUGGUUUUCGGCAUUGCGGCAGCUCUUCUCUUGGUGAUAGUUGGUGUAAUGGCAUUUAUUUGUUGGAGAUGCAAAGGAGGAAGAUGUGGAAAGAACGUGGUAACUGAAGGACGUCCAAAGCAGAAGGAUCAGACUGUGCCUGAUGUUACUUACUCUACUGUAAGCCACAUUCACACAGCCGGAGCAGCUCGGGUCCUGAUCAAUGUGGGAGAGAAAACUGAAUAUGCCUGCAUUGUAACAAAUUAAUCCGAGUAAAUAUAUAGAAAAAAUGCUGAAAUCAUACAAUAGAUUAAAUACAUACCAUAUACAUACCGUCAUUUUAUAUCUUUUGUGUAGCAUUCUGCAAAAAAGUUCAUCACUCAGUUUUGUGUAAGACAUGGUGUCCUCUUUUCCAUAAAAAAACUACAAAUCAUAGGGGUCUGUGGCUUACAUGGUCUUUGUUUGUGUCUGUGUGAACAUGUAUGUUUCUGUGCAUGUGUGUAGAUGUAUGUAUUUAUGUGUGUAGACACAGGCAUAAAUAUGUCUCUCUCUGUGUAAGAAACUACUAGGACAAUUCCCUUUCAGACCACCAGAGGGGGUGCUGGCAGGUUGAUUGUUAGUCCUUGUAGAUGCGUCAUGUGGUCAUGUAAUGUGUUGUGUUAUCUGAUCAUAAUUGUUCCUAAUGUGUUGCCUUAUUUAUAACCUGACCUUUCAUGUCUGUCUUUGUCGAUUUAUUGUGUAUUAUCAUGUUCGGGUUUGCCAAUAAUUUGUUUUCAUUGUCUUUGUUUUCAGUCAUGCUUCUAAGUAUUUCUGUAUUGUUUUUCAUCUGUUGUGUCAUUUUUAGCUCAAUAAAACAAAGAUUUUUAAUCCUG